AGUGUCUGUGAAACGCAGCAUGAAUGGUCACUACCAUUUUAGUAGGAUAUUAGACAUUCCCUGUGAAGUUUGCGGGGACUUUUCCUCUGGAAAGCACUACAGCAUUUUCGCUUGCGAUGGCUGUGCUGGUUUCUUCAAGAGGUCCAUACGUAGCAGCCGCCAGUACUUGUGCAGGGCUGUGAUAAAAAACACCUGUAUUAUCGACAAGACGCACAGAAAUCAAUGCAAGGCCUGCCGCUUGAGGAGAUGUUUGCAGGUUGGGAUGAAUAAAGAUGCUGUCCAACAUGAGAGAGGUUCUCGUAAAACCAAAACCAUCAGUCAAGAGUUUGGUAAAGAUAUUGGGACCGUUCUUCCACAAUCCAAUGCCUUAAGUGAAGCAGCCUAUAAAAAACUACCUUUGGGCAGUUUAAGUAACAGUUCCUCUUCUCUGAAAUACGCUUGGUCUAGUGCUCUACCUUUAAAUGGAAUAGAGAGGGAGAUCGAUCUGUGUGAAAACGCAGCCCAACUUCUUUUCAUGAACAUGCAAUGGGUCAAGAACAUCGCAGCCUUUACAAGCCUACCAUUUACAGACCAACUGUUACUCGUCGAAGAAUGCUGGAAAGAGCUUUUUAUUUUAGGAGCGACCCAGUUCUUACCCUUCGAGGAACUAUCCGCCUGGUUAGAAACCUGCAGAGUUUUACAGCUGAAGGAGUACCACAAACUGAAAGAUUUCCACGAACUUUUGACCGACGUUAACCAAUUUAACCUUGAUCAGUACGAGUUUACUUAUCUGAGGCUGAUCGUGCUUUUUAGUCCUUUCGUGAGAAACAAACGUAAAAGUGACAGUGAUCGAAUUAAAAUGUUAACUAAUGCCGUUUAUAUAAACUUUGUAAGGAAUUACCUGCAGCUGAAAUUGAAUAAAUUUGUCGAGGAGGUAAAACCAAACCAACCGUUACGGUUCAAGGAAUUGAUGCAACUUGUGCUGUCUUUAAAUUGUAUCCUAGACGAUACGAUCGAGGAUUUAUUCUUUAAAAAAACGAUUGGAAAUGUGCCUAUGGCUAAAAUAAUCAGCGACAUGUAUAAAACAUACUCAACUAAUAACUUGUAAACAAACGACGUUAAUGAUAGCGAAUGUAAAAUUAACAGAAAUUUCCGAAUUUGUUUGAAUUAGCUUAAUGUAUUUACAAUAAAAUAAAAAUACGAUAACAAUAGAAUGUGUAUUAGGAUUUGCCGACACU